AGCUCAGAUCUGCGAAAUCUAAUAACUUGAGAACUUCUUGAAAAUUCAUUUUUCAAAACAGACAUAUCUAGGUUUAUAUUUAUAGAUGGUUGAAAAAAUGAAGAAAAGGAGAAUUGGUGUCGUAGGAUUUGGACACCUAGGUGAGAUUCCCGGGCGGAACAGGGAGGGAGGGGGGUUGAGUCUGUUUAGUUUUGCUCAGCCAAAGUAGAUUUCGUCUCUUUUAGCUCUGUUUGAGAAGGGCUAAUUUUUUGUCUAGCCUGUUCGCAGACCCACUGUUUUCUCUUUAGAGAUCGCCAAGUGCGCGUUUAAAAUUUAUAAACCGUGAUUUAUAAACCGUGCGCAAUGGGAGGAACGUCUGUGGAUAGGCUACGAGGAGUUCACGCUCAUAGUUGCAUCAUGGGUAAUCAGGGCAAGAUGGCGGGAAAUUCAAAGAUUUGUGUUGGAAUUCAAAGCCAGCUAAUUUUUCUUGAAUUCAUAUAUUUGAUGCUUUCUGUUUGAAAAGAGUAACUAACGAGUUGAAUACAAUACACUAAAUCUGGAGUGCAAAGUAGUCUGAGAUCAGUUUUUAAACAACCUCAAUUUUCCCACAGAUUGGCUGUAAUUUUGAUACUGUCGAGUUAUUACAGAAACCGUAUGGGAAAAUGAGGUUUUCUAAAAACUGAUCACGGACUUCUUUUCAGUCCAGAUUUAGUGUAUUGUUUCUUUGAACUCGUAAGUUACUCUUUUCAAACGGAAGAAUCAAAUAUAUGAAUUCAGGAAGAAUUAGAUGGCUUUGAAUUCCAAUACAAAUCUUUGAAUUUCCAGUCAUCUUACCCUGAUUACCUAUAAUGCAACUAUAAUAUUCUUUUUGUUUAAAUAUCUCUCUUUUUUAGGGCAAUAUUUAGUGGAGGAAAUUCUUAAAAGAGAUGACCUUGAACUAAGCUUUGUUUGGAAUAGAACUGUAAGUGAACUCAGGGGAAAAGUCGAUGAAAAAUACAUUUUGGAAAAUCUGCUGUCCUUCCCAGACAGGUGUGUUAAUUAAAAGAUGUAUUGAUAAUUUAGAAAUGAAGUUUAUCCAGUCAGUGAUGCACGUGGCUCACAAAAAAAUCUGAGUUCUCCAAAUAGGAGUUGAACCUUCAAUCUGGCCACUAGCCCAGAUGCUUUCAGUAAGCUACAGGAGACUCAUGAUAUAUAGCUAAGGCCAUUCUCCACUUUAGAAAGGACAAGGGAAAUGGAGCCAAACUGUGUCCCUCCUUUGUUUCUGGGAUUUUUUUCUUGGGGAAGCGCCGGUCAGCUAUUGGCCAUUUUUUUCCCUGUCCCUAGUAACAGCCCCAGAACAGUCAGGACAGUUGCGUCUUAUUUAGGAUACGUCUUAUUUUUCCUUAUAUACAGCUAUUUCAAAAAAGGUUGUCGGAAAAAGUGUACGUGACAAUGCCGAAAGGUGUUGUCGGAGGUUUUAAGUUCACUGUUCUUCAAAGAAAUUUGCAAGAAUGGCAUGAGAGGCCAUGGACUUAUGUUUGCAAGUGCUAAAGGAAAGAAACAGUAGUGGGUUCGACAGCUACAGUGUCAGGAACAGGUUAUUGAUCAUAUCCCAUAUUACCUUACGGGAUUGUCGCCUGCACAGUUUUUCCGAUAACCUUUCUCAAAAUAUCUCUAUACGGCACUGUUGAGAAAUCCACCAGGAACUGCAGGGAAGCACAGAAGGUUCUAGCUGCAGCUCCGAGGCCAGUAACAUAAAUUAUACUACUGUAUUAACAAGUAAACUACCUACUCAAAUUAAAACUGGUACUGCAGAAAAUUUUACAAUUAUACAAAAAGCUGAUAAGAAAUUUAUGUGAUACCAGGAAAUAUAUAUUAAAUUUUUGUCAAAAUAUUGUUGUCUUAUUAGCAAGUUCUUCAGAAAAAAAUAAAACAAUAAUUAUAUUGACAUGUCAUGGGGACUAUUAUCCUCAAUAACAUUUACCAGAUACCAGUACUGAUACUAUUGAAGGAAGUUAAUCCUACCACUGAAUAAAAUUUUAACUUUUCACAGGACUCCAGACCUGAUUGUAGAGGUUGCCCACCCUUCCAUUACGGUGAAUUAUGGGGAGGGUUUUCUUGAUGUUGCAGAUUAUAUGGUAGGUGCUUUCUCCAGGAGAAUCAGGGAGCUUUACUAACAACAGUCAACUCUCUCUGAACAGACUCGUCCUCAGUAAAGUGACACCUAUGAUUCACAGGUCCCAACCUUUCUUCACUCCCUUUAUUUGACCCUCAAUAAGAUGGAUAUCUCUCUAAGCUGGACACUAAGUGCCAGUCCCAAAGAUGUCCAUCUUGGAGAGGGUUGACUGUUAUUUGUUUUUGGCUUCCUCCUCCUCAAGCAGAAAGCCAAAGCCAGUUUUGCCAAAUUAGGUAUAUGCAGAUCGCCAUAUUAGUACAUGAUACAUGAUAAUACAAAAGCCAUGUCUUAUGACAGUAAAGUGGUAAUUAAGACAAUAUUAAUGUGUCUCAAAUAGAAUCGUGAUUUCUCUUGGAUUUCCUUCAUGAAAUUUACUGUAAUUUUUCCCUCAGUAACUCGAAGCUCCUGCUAAAUCAAAGUAAUUCUUGUCUCCCUUCAGAUAAUUUCUGUAUAAUUUUACCCUUGAUAACUCAAACCAAUUGUUUGAAUGUGUGGCAAGUUGAAAAAAAAUGUGCAGCAGUCCGAAACAUUGAAUUUAUUUCGAAACAACCAAGUAUUGUUUGUCUUUACAUUUUUGUGAAUCAAGUUUUUUUGCUUACUUAUUCUUUUUUUUAAAAUCAAUAUUUCUCUUGUUGCUCUUGAAGUGAAGCAUGCAUGAUCUUUUGUAUUCCUUUCCCAUCCCAUUUCCUAAUUAUUUCUGGUCACUUGUUUCAAACUCCCGAUAACUCAAACUUUUUUCUAUUUCUCUAUAGCUGGAAGGUUCAAGUUAUUGGGAGUCAACUUUACUACUAUAUAUAUAUUCAAGUAAUUAAAAUACCACUUAGCAGGGGUUUGACUGUUUUAAUGAUUCUUUCUUCUGCCAUAUUAAGAUUCUCAAAGGGACUUGGACUUUGAGGUCCUAAAUUUUUGCUUUGUGUGUUUGUUCAUUAGAUAGGCUCACCCACUGCUUUGGCAAACCCUGAUAUUGAGAACAAGCUGAGGGACAAAGCCUCAAGUGGAACACACGGAAUUUAUAUACCAAGUGGAGCAUUAUGGGGUGGCGCAGACAUCAAGAAAAUGGCAGACAGGGGAACGUUAAAGGUGCACUGAAAUGAUGUUGAAUUAAUUCGUAUACAGUCAAACAUCUCCUUACAGACACCUCUAUAAUAUGAAUACCUCUCUAUUACAGACAGUUCGUUUGGUCCCAGAAAUGCCAAAAAUCAUACAUUCCCAACCUCUACAAUACGGACACCUCUGUAAAGAGGACACUUGGUUCUGUCUCUUUGGUGUCCGUAUUAAAGUAGUUUGACUGUAUAAAGCAAUUUGCUUGCUAGGGGGUCUAGAAUGUCAAAUAAUUUAUCAUGACUGAGGUCUUCAAAAUGUUCUAUUUCUCCUGCAAAUCUUGGUAAGAACAUUAGUUAAAGCCAAAGUCAUGGUAUUUCAUAAUUCAGACAGCUGGAAAUGGAAAUUGGAUAUUUUCCUCUCAAAUAUUUCCUUUCAUUGGAUUCUCAAAAUUAUUUUUUGUAAACAAAACAUGAAAUGCUUACCAUUUUAUUUUUUAGCUCACUUAAUCCUUUAUAUACCAUGCCCGUCAGCAUAUGCUAUCCUUCAUAGUUAUUUUUGAACUCUAUUUCUCAUUCAGGGACUUAAAGUUACCAUGAAAAAGCAUCCUUCAUCUUAUAAAUUGAAUGAACCACUCAAGUCAAGGAAUGCACAAGUCAAGUCAGAGGCAACAGUUCUAUAUGAUGGUAGUUUUUUGUUGUUACUGUUGUGUUUUGUUGUUGUUAUUUCUAAACAUUUAUGUCAUUCUAUUUUUGUUGUCCUCCAGGUUGUAUUCGUGACCUUUGUCCUUUAGCUCCAAAUAACGUGAAUACAAUGGCUGCUGCAGCUUUGGCAGCACAUAAUCUGGGAUUUGACAAAGCACAAGGAUGCAUUGUGGCUGACCCAAGGCAAGAUACAACUUUUGUUCAACUAGUUAUACAUAAUCCCCAGUUUUUCAAAGCUGGAUUAGGAUAACCCAGGAUUAAUGUGUAAGGCCUGGUUCUCAUAUGCUGCCUGUACUGCCUGGGCUACUUCUCGGACAAAUUAGAACAUGCCCCGCUAGCUACUAGAGCCAUCACAGAGCUUUACCGCCGGCAUGCCUCCAUGCCAGCGGUAAAGACUGGAAUGACUCAUGUUGCUGGCCACUUCUGUUCUCACAUCAGAACAGUAUCUCAGGCAGUAUCGGCAGCCAUGUCACAGGGCAUGCAUUGUCAGCAUAUGGGAACCAGGCUUUAGUGUGACUGAAUGCUUCCGUUGGUUCUUUUUACCUACAAUUUGAUGUUUGGACCCUUUAAUCCUGGAUAUAUUUAGCAAUAAUCAUCCUUCAAAUAACCAUGGUUAUCCAUGGAACAACUAGGCCCAGAGAAACAAUGAAAUAUUUACAAUGCAGGCAGCAUAUAAAUUUAAGGUUGCUGGGGACACCUUGAGCUCUUUGUUAUGCAUUUAUUUUAAAGCGUAUGCAAGAAGUACAGCCACUGAUAUUGACAGGUUUACGAGAUAUUCAUAACUGGAUAAAAGAUAGCCUGCGUGCAGACGAUAACUAAACUCUGAUUAGUACCAGAGUUUAAUUUCAUCUGCUCGCAGGCUAGAUAAAAGAUGACAGUGCAUAAUUUGGAGUGUUCAUGUGCACAUGAGACACACAGACUGCAAGCACAAAAGUAACAAAUGGGCUCUGAAUCAAACCUUGUUUCAGUGAUAAAUAAAACUAAAUAAAUCUUUAGAAAUUUCAGCCAAAUUUAAUACCAUGAAACUCCUAGUACAUUUUUUUUUUCGCUUCAAAAAUCCUUGAACACAUUGCAGCUUAUAAACAAAAUGAAAUCGUGGAAUGUAUUCAACCAUAAUUACCAUUAUUACAUAUCUUGGUUGGAAACCAUGCUUUAGUCAGGACACCUUCAGGAGUCUCAAAAUUUGACUUUUCUGACAAUUUUAUGUCCAAGAAUUCAGCACAGAUACAAAACUUCACGAGCUGGCACUGCAGAGGGGUAAACUUGGUAGACUGUAGUGUGUUAUGUAUUGACAGAGUUUGCUCACUUAAACGAUUAUUAUUUUGCUGGCAAACUUUAAAUUGCAAAGUCUUCUCAAUACAUAACACACUAAAGGUUUUGACCAAUCAUUAAUUUUGUUAAUAAAAUCAUGGAGUGUAGUCUUCUAUUCUUUCCACAAACUUGGACACAAAAUCACGAUUUCCCAAUUGGGUACAACUGUGUCUUAAAGUAUCGUGGUAAAGCACAGUCUACCAAAUUAAAAACAACCGUCCUAAACUUCCAUCAUUUCACAAUGUCUAAAUAAAAUUUUAUCAAAAUCACCUCUAAAACAGCCAAGAUUAAAUAAGGAUUUUAAGAUGUAGCACAAGCAAAAUUUUGCCCUAUGAAUCUAUUCAUAGAUAGGUGUCCCCCACGGCCUUAACCCUUACAUAAAUCCAUUUUGUUAUAAAUAUUUCAGCCUUGAGGCCCAUAUUGUGGAGGUUGAUGUCUUUGGACCAGGGGAAGUGCAGAACCAGUUUACAGUGAAAACAGUUCGUCACAACCCUGCAGUUGUAGGAGCUGUUACGGGAAAUGCAACGUAUGCCUCUUUCUUGAGCAGUUUGUUGGGUAAGAAUUUUAUCAUUUUUGUUAUGUCAAGUCCAGGAAUUCUCACUCCUUCUUCAGGAUGUUUCUUGGUGUUGUGGAAACCAUUGUCGGUUCACUUUUGUGUUGUGGUGUGGGUAUUGUUCAGUAUCAUUUCAGUCUUUUGUAUUGCAUUAUUAACCAUUUAAGUCCCAAUGGUGACCAACAUCAAUUUUCUCCUAACAAUAUCCAUAGACUGUCAAGAUGUUGGGUUAUGAGAGUUAAUAAAAUGAUCAUCUAAGAGAAAAUGCUCUGAUCUUUUAUCAAAUUCUCAACACAUUCUUUAAGGAAAUAUAUAGAGAUCAGUUUGGAGAAUUUGUAUGUGGAUAUUGGGGCUUAAAGGGUUAAUGUUUUGGUGAUUACGCCCAUCAACAACACCAAGUAACUACCCUUUUUCAGUUCUCGCUGUAGCAAGAUAAACAAAUGAAACAGUACAAACUUUAAAAAUUGACAAAUGGGGUUAAUAACUAGGGUUUAAUACCACUGACUGACAAUGCACACAACUCACUUUGUUUCUAAAGAUAACCACUGCACAUUUGAAAUCAGUGGAAAACCAGGAGGAUGAUAUCCACCUCCCUUCCUAACUCCUAGCUUCUAUUCCAUGUCCACACCCACCAUGCAGGUUAUCUAUAAGCUAAAAACAAGAGUAGUGAACACCCCUUUAUCCCAUCUGGCUAAAAACGAUCAUAUUUUAAUGACCUGAAAAUUGUGAACAAUUGGCUCAAAAUUCUAUUGUUUCUUUUCAGGAGCACACAGUCAAGGUCCUGGACUUCAUCUUUGUUGAGCACAACAUAUGACACGUCCCCUGAAAGUUUCAUUACCAGAAGCGCCAUGAGUUUCUGAUGUAACUAGGGCCUCAUAAAGCUAACAGCUGACAUGUUUCACAAGAAAUUGUGAUGCUGUGUGGACAAUUGAGUGG